UGUAUUGAAAAUUGAAAAAAUUCUUUUAUUACUAAAAAGUCUUUUUAAUUUAGAUAUCUAACUAUAGUUCAAAUCAGUAAAAAUGGCCGGUGUCAGAACUUAUGAAUUAAGAACCAAAUCUAAGGAUCAAUUAGAUUUACAAUUGGUUGAAUUAAAAAAGGAAUUAGCCAACUUGAAAGUUCAAAAAUUACAAAAACCAACCUUACCAAGAAUUCACACUGUUAGAAAAAAUAUUGCUAAAGUUUUAACUAUCAUUAACUUAAACCAAAGAGAAUCUGUUAGAGCCUUUUACGCUGGUAAGAAAUAUCAACCAAAAGAUUUAAGAGCUAAAAAAACUAGAGCUAUUAGAAGAAGAUUAACUAAAUUCGAAGCUAGAGCUGAAACUGAUAAAGCUAGAAAACAAAGAAUCGCUUUCCCACAAAGAAAAUUCGCUAUUAAAGCUUAAACCCUUUUUUAAUAGUCAAAACAGUCUCAUUCCAAAUCUUCCACCAUGUAUGUUAGUUAUAUAUAGCAUAUCUUGUUUAAUAUAAAAUAUCUAUGUUAACGUUUUAUUAAC